UGUGGUCAGUAGACCACGCCUCCGUGCUCAUAUACUGAGGAAUACAGAGGAUCAGAAACAAGAGCUGAACUAUUGAAGAUAUUAAAGAAUCAAAGAAUAUCAACAAAACUGAAUAAGGAUGAAAAGGAGUGAAAAAUACUUCAGCCACUGAGUUCCUGUGAAAGGAAGGAAAAGGCCUUCACUUUAUUGAGCAUCAAAUUGCAAGAUGGUUCCCGGUCAACCACAAUGCAAAGAACAUCGCAAAACAUUCCUUUUUAUUCCCCUCUGGGGUGAUGGUGUGAUGAGGUAAUCUCCCCAUCCCAUUUACACAAUUCUAUACCAUUUUAGUCCCCAUCAUGUCCUUACACCUUUUUUGGUAAUCUUUAAACCCAAACGCAUAUGAUGUCUUGUUUUUUAAAACCCACUCUGUUCUGACUCUUACCAGAUUGUUCUCUCCUUACAGUGUCCUCUUGUGCAACUCUCCGUAGGGCAUCUCACACAACCCUCCAUAUACAUACAAGAACAAACCUCUGCAAUAACUUAAACUGUCAUCUGGUACAGCUCCCUUCUGUGGGCCCAGAAACUCUUUCCCCAUUAGAAAGUCUACUGCAUACAGUCCAUAGUCUGCUUCGUAAUAUUACCUUAUUAGGAGGGCUCUCUAGUCAGCCAAUGUUUUAGUUUAUUGAUUACUAAUCAGGGAAUGUUUUGUUCAAUCUUUCCCAUCAAGAGAAAGACAGAGGUGGGGGUGAGCGAACCGCAGGUGUUAUCCUCAUCUAACAGAGACUUGGUCAAAGCAUCUAUACCUUUAUGCAAAUUAUAUGUAAAUUAGAUAUACUCUACAUGUUCAAACCUAACCUAUUAUAAUGCAUACUUGGAAGGGCUCAGAAACAAAGCAAAGCAUAGUAUCACUGAUGAGAUUCAGUCAACAAAGACAGUAUCCCUCAUGCUAGCAAUAAACUAAUGCUUAUCAUUUCCAAAACAUAACCUGAUUUUCUGGGCUUUAAAUUACAAACGGCCCCAUCUGUUAUACGUAACUGCUGAUACAACUUCAUUACUCAGCUAGCUGGCUUCUUAGCAUGCUAAAGCCUACACGGUUAACAAGAGCGAAAAUGAAGACAAUACAUCAUGGUUCUGCUCUACUAGCCAGACAAAGCAAUUAACUUAUGUGCAUUAAGUACAUUAUGCUCAAACUUUGCAUUGCAAAGUUAGCCAGUUAGCUGACUGAGGCUGAAGGCGAGUGCUUGCCAUUUGAAUAAUCUGCUCUUCACUGUUGCUUCCUCCCCUUCUGUAGUGAGUUGGCCACUUGUGUAAUAUAGCUGUGAAGCACAACCAGGUGGUAGGUCGAAGUAGGAAUGGGCAACUUAAAAGAGGAUUGAAAUGUGCCUAAAUAAAAUGGCAGAACUCAUGCAGAUAACAACAUUAUAAUGUGAUGGGAAUUAGCUGUAGCUUGUAAACUAAGAUUUUAAUACCAGGACUGAAAAUACUGUAGUAGAGACAUGUUGGAUAGCUAAAAAAAAAGUCAACUUAACAAUGAGGAGUCUAAUGUGUAAGAGAGAGUUAAAAAAAUGUAUUCAAAAUAGUCAACAGGGCUGUUGCAGCAGUAGCAAGGGGGUGGGGGAUGCGCUGGCAUGGAAAAUAACUACUUGAAAAACAGAAUCAGUUAGACUAGCAUAAUUCAUCUUAAGGUAGUAAAUUUUUUAUGUAGAUAUGUAUAAGAGUGUGUCCCUUUAUGGUCAGAGAAUAGACUCUAUGCCCACUCUUUUUCCGCAUUCCGAGUCAGCCAGCUGUUUCACUUCCAGUGCUCGUAUCCAGCACAUUGACUAAGGCGUUUUUCACUUGGUUGCUUCAAGACUUACCGGGACAACUUACUUCUGGUCAACAACAUUGGUCGCAUUGUGCCAAACACCAGCAAGAAGUAGAAGGAUUUCAAACUAUUUGAAGCUACAUCCACAUUUAUGAAGAAAUGAAAGAUGUCCUGUUUGAAGUCUUCUCCUGCACCUUCUUACCCAUCUUAAAUGUGCUUCCAUAAACACAUCAGGACAUUCCACCUAGAGGAAUGUUAAGCUGCUGAAGCAGGUGAUAUAUAUAUAAAUAUGGCAUCUGGAGAAUCUUUCAGUUUUCAACAAACGCCAUCCCGUACCCUUCACAUGAAUGCAUCACACAGACAAGCACAGAAACGCAGCAAGGAGAGAACUCACUAUUGCUUAGAGUGUGGAAAGAGUUUUACUCAACAGUCUCAUCUCAAAAUACACCAGCGCUUUCACACUGGAGAGAGGCCUUAUCACUGCUCAGUGUGUGGGAAGAGUUUUACUGUACAGAGUAAUUACCAACAACACUACCGCAUUCACACAGGAGAGAAGCCGUAUUACUGCUUAGAGUGUGGAAAGAGUUUUAAUCGUCAGAGUAAUCUCCAAGAACACCAGCGCAUUCACGCAGGCGAGAAGCCGUAUCAGUGCUUCGAGUGUGGGAAGAGUUUUAAUCGUCAGAGUCAUCUCCAAAAACACCAGCGCAUUCACACAGGAGAGAAGCCGUAUCACUGCUCAGAGUGUGGGAAGAGUUUUAGUCAUCAGAGUCAUCUCAAACAACACCAGCGCAUUCACACAGGAGAGAAGCCGUAUCGCUGCUCAGAGUGUGGGAAGAGUUUUAAUCAACAGGGUCAUCUCCAGGAACACCAGCGCAUUCACACAGGAGAGAAGCCGUAUUACUGCUCAGAGUGUGGGAAGAGUUUUAAUCGACAAAGUAGUUUUCAAGAACACCAGCGCAUUCACACAGGAGAGAAGCCAUAUUACUGCUCAGAGUGUGGGAAGAGUUUCAGGCAUUCAAAAACUAUGACAAAACACAAGUGUACCAAGAGCAUGGUGGAACAGGGCAGUAAUGAGUGUAACCUUAACACAUUCCAGGAGUAAAAGUCUCCAGGGAGUGGAGUGUUUGUAGGGGAAAACCACAUGCUGUUUAACCCUAUUUCUAAAAUAUAAGCAUAAAAUGAAAUAUUAUAGCACCCUCCACAGGCUCUUUAUUUCAAAAUGAAGCUCAAAACCUGAACAUGCCCCUCCUCUUGUUGAAAAAUUUAUAUUUUGUUGCUCCUUUGAGUCCUACACAUUAACUAGUUAAUGUUGGCAAUGAAAGUGCCACUUUGUCUUCCUUUUUAAUCUUUAGAUGUUUUCUGUAUGCUGUAUGCUCAGAGUAUUCUUAUUGAGGACUUCUGCAAAGGAGAUAUUACUGCAACAGUGGAGUUUUGCUUGUGCUGGGCAAAACUGAACAGCUUUGUAAAACAGACACAGUAGUAUGAAGACAAGCUGAGAGAUGUACUGAUGACCUCUCCUCGGUAUGGUGUAUGCAUGCAUGCCUGUUCUAUGUGGCAUAAAGUUGCAUACAGGCCAGACUACAACUCAUCCAUGAAAUUUCCAUUACUCUUUUCAAAGACAUGAAGGACAUAUGUUGAUGUUCUUUGUGGUGCUUGGAGAAUGAUUGUUCCUUGAGAAGUGUGCUGUGACAGAAGGACUUAUUUAUGCCCAUCUUCAGGCUAACCUGUCAGACAUAGCAGCGGCCUAUGGUACAGAAGUUGGAACAGUGUAUGUUCAUCAUUGUAGAACUGUGUGAAAGGUGACCAAUAAGGAUGUUCAAGUCCAUGAUCCUCACUGAAGGCAAUUCUUCCUGACACCGAUAUGAUCUGCACAAUGGAUGCUAACUUUGUUUAUAUUGAUUUAACAUGUACAUGCAAUUCUAUAUGUAGAUUAAGUCUGUGUUAUCUAUCUAUCUAUGUAUCUUUAUCUCUCUCUCUCUCUCUCUCUCUCUCUCUCUUUCUCUCACCAUUUAGUUCACUAAGUAUUUUACACAUACAAGGAAUUUGUCUUGGUGAGUGCACACAGGUAAGAUACUAAAUAGACCAGAUGAUGAAAAUAGAAUAUAUAAUAAGAGAUAGAUAUAGAAGAGCUAGCAUGAAAGGAGCUAAAGAGAUUAAUGUGUGAAUAAAUAAAAUGCGAAUAAGUACCUAUGUGGAGAGUCUGAAGAAGUGAACUUUUGUACAGGAAAAUGUGGGGUGAACGUUUGUACAGUUGUAAAAAUAAGCAUUGUGGUUCAGAGGAGUUAUGCAGUUAUACAGUAAGGGGGUUUGUUGGUUGUAUAUAGUGAAUGUCUUACAACACCAAUUCCAAUGCAGUUGGGAUGUUGUGUAAAACAUAAAUAAAAUGUUGACUCUGUUGUAA